CAACGGGGCAAACUUAUUGUUUAACCGCUCGUGCUAUUAUUAAUACCCGAGCAUGCGAAAGAGUUCAAAAUUGAACCACGAGCGUACCGAGUGGUUUGAAAAGUGGAACCUUGAGCGUUGCAAGGGUGUCAAGGCACGAGGGAGAAACAAAUUUUGCAACCGAAUGAAACAAAAUAAUUUUCACCACACCAACGCGAGGAAAAUACUAAAUGUAAAACUUCAAACAAAAUGAAAUGAAAUCAAAAUGAACGUUAAUCAAUAUUUGCCAUUCAAAUCCAUCACUUAAAAGUCAAAUCUAUCAUCAGCCAGCUUAAGCAAAUAACUCAAAAUUUGCAUCAGAUUACUUUGUCAUACAUGUGGAUAAAAUGAGACUUUCUUACCGGUUUUGGGAGUACCAAGACCAAGAGAGCCUUUACCAGCUGGUGUGGUGAAAAGAUAAUUAAUAUUUACUUUUUAUCUUUGUAAAUAAUUUUCGUUUUUAUGGGAGCGGCUUUUUGGCGGCGGGUUUGUGUGACUCUUAAAACGUCAAACAAAAGAAACCCUAAUUUUUAUUGAGAGGGAACUAAUUUCAGCUCUGUUCCUAUGACUCAAAGUUUGAAUUACAUCAGCAAGUAAGCAGAAGGGAUCUUUAUUAGGUAUAUGAGGAUGCGGACGAUAAAGUAUUCAUUACAAUUUACAGUUUAACGCUCUGUAAUGCUGCUAAUAAAGGAGUUAUAUUUGGUAUCAACCGACAUUAGUGUACUGUCCUUUAAAUGGUUACGACUGGUCAGAAGUGCAUACAAAAUGAUUUCCAAAAUGGUUAAGUCGUUCAGUAUCGAUAUUCCUUUUUUCAUGAUUUUACUUAUACAAAGUGUCCUGUGCGACGAAAGUUGUCGAGUACCUUUAGGCAUUAAGACGCCCGCUUUGCCUCCUGAUGACCGCUAUAUAAUCGAUAUUAAUCCUCCUGUGGAUCGUUACGUACCAGAAGGAACUUACACCGUUAUCCUUAAAUCCAAUGACGGUAAAGCCAAAUUCAUAGGUUUUACUAUUUGGUUGACGGGGCACAGUGCAGAAAAUCCUGAGAACAGAAGAAAACCGAAGAUUUUUCUGGCUGGUCAGUUAUUACCGGAUGAUCCGCUGACGAAAUUUGGAGACCGAGAAUGUCCCAAUAACACAGUAAUUCAAACGAAUUUGGUACCUAAGAAUAUCGUGCAGGCCAAAUGGAAAGCUCCGCCCAAAGGCCAAGACUGCGUGACCAUCCACGCAAUGGUGGCGAUCAGAAACGACAUGUACUACAGCGGCCUGACGCGACGCGUGUGCGAGGACGUGCGCAAACUUGAAGACAUGCCGCCGGACGAAAGCCCUAAUUGCUCUGUGUGUGAAGACGCCAGGUAUAAGAUGACAUUCGAAGGCCUAUGGUCUUAUAAUACCCACCGCCCCUUGUACCCCAUGUCCAACACGAGUACGCCUUCAUUCAGUGAUAUAGUGGGGGCAUCACAUAACAAAAACUUUAAAAUCUUUAUCAGCAACAAAGACGCGUCCGAGGGAGUUAAAACACUUGCUGAACAGGGGAAUACUACAGUACUGGAGUUAGAUAUGCAGGAAAAGAUUGGCAACAGUGUUCGAAGCAUAAUCAAGGCAACUAGGCCCCGCACUACAAAUGCGGCCACCUCUGCGAUUUUCCGUGUGAACCAGAAAUACCACCUAGUGUCGGUAGUGACAGCAAUCCUGCCUUCGCCAGACUGGUUCUUAGGGGCAUCCAACCUAGAACUAUGUAACGCGAGAAAUCCAAAUACGUGGACACCAAAUAUAACUUAUAAUCUCUACCCAUUGGAUGCGGGAACCGACAAGGGAUCGGACUUUAAUUCAGCGAACGACAACCUCAUGCCUCCUCAGGCGAUAGGCAAUGUAAAAUUCCAGAAUGCUCCCAAAGAAACCAAGCCAUUCGCGAAGCUCCACUUCGAGCUAAUAAGAACAUUCAAACUUACUCCGGACUGCUUGAAAAAUAAUACUGAGACCUCCGGUGAGGAUGAAAGCGAAGGCAAUAACGACAACACCGGAGAAGAAGAAGAAGAAGAAGGAGAUAAAGAAGAAGAAGAUAAAGAAUCAAGUGUAAAAACAACUGUCCCCAGCACCAGUGAAACACCGUUAGUAACGGAUCCAGAAUCAUCACCGGAGUGUCCCAUGUCAGCUUGGAGCGACUGGGACGAAUGCGUUGGUAGCUGUGAAGGUGGCAAGCGCAGAGGGCAGCACAAACGGGAGCGGUACCACUUGGUCAACAACCAUCCCGUCGAGUAUGGGGACGACGAGGAAUACGAGAAGGUACCAGAAAGCUGUAAAGAAAUAGAAGAAUACAACUUUGAACUGUGCGAAGAAGACUGUGAAGAAACUUCGACAGCGGAACCCGAAACACAGCAACGACUCGGUCCAGGAAAAAGUUGGUGGUUCAACUAAUUGACCUUAAUUUGAACCAAAUUAAAACAACUUCAUGUUCACUGACAGAGAUUAAUUAAACAAACUAGUGUGUGUCACUAUGAGUA